UCGGGAGUUACAGAUGUUGAAUUCAGCCUCUCUGCAUGUAGCAUUCAGUUCCUGUCUCAUUAUGGCUUUGACUAUAAUAAGUUCCUCAAAGAUGGAAUCCCAUACAUGAAUGAGGUACAGGAGAAGAUCCUUAGCCAGCAUCUCUUAGAGAGUAGCUGGAAAAUCAGCAGUACUGAUGCUCUGGACAGGGAUGUGCUGAAGGCAGCUAUUGAUGAAGUGACCCGUUGGAUAGCUGCAGCAGAGGAAGAGGAGACUAUGAUUCUGCAGGAUCUGAGUGACUGCCAGAUGUUUGAAGUUCAGCUGGUUCUGAGACAGGCUCUCCAAAAUGUUUGGACACAGCCUCUUGGAGACAAGAAGGUAAUGGUGAAAAAGGUGAGUCCACAGCAUCGUCAGCUUCUGGAGAACUCUCCUUAUGACUACUGCCAGAAGGAGCUCAUUCUCCUGUCUGCUCGGGGCUUCACCAACCUCUUCCAGACACUUGUUAAAGCCAAGAAGCCCCUGGUGGGACACAACAUGCUUAUGGACCUUAUGCAUCUUCACGACAAGUUCUACAAGCCCCUGCCAGAAAGCUAUGAGGAAUUUAAAAGGAACAUUCACAACCUGUUUCCUGUCCUCAUAGACACCAAGACUGUAACUAAAUCCAUCUGGAAGAAAUGUCACUUUCCUCGAGCAUCUAAUCUUUUGGAGGUGUAUGCGGUUUUGUGCAGCAGCCUGAAUCCUGAAGAUCCAACGUGCCCAGUGAUAGCUCUGGCAAGUGACUGCUCACAAUAUGCUGAGAAGAAAUCCCCUCACGAGGCAGGCUAUGAUGCAUUUCUCUGUGGUUCAGUUCUUCUGAAGUCAGCUCAUUUGCUACUGUGCAGACCCACAGAUGAUGCAGUGGAGGCUGAUCCUUCUUUCUCUGAAUAUCUCACCGCGUUAGCUGAGUAUCUGAACAAAGUGAAUUUCAUCCGAGGUGGUGUUUCAAGCAUUAAUUUUUCUGGGGAAGAUGUUCCCUGCCAACAUCCCCCUGUCUUGGUUGUCCAUGUCCGAGGCUGGCCAGGGCUGAAUGAAAGGCAUAUUUAUCAAGAGUUUAAAGCUCUCUGUUGCUUUGAUGUCAGGCGGCUUUCAAAGAACCAGUUCAUUCUGCUCUCCAGUAAAUUUAAGCACGUCAGGCUUGUUCUGCGAGAUUACAAGCAUCACCCUCAUCUGCGGGUUUCUGUCUAUCGCCACUGGAGGCACUCUCCACACGUGAACUGCCUUCUGCAAGUCUCUGGUAUUGUGGCACUGUGGUCUCUCUUGGCCUUUGUACUUGGAGGAGCUCCUGGCUGUUGGUUCUGA